AUGUCAACAUCAGAGAACACAACAAUUGCUAUCGUUCAUGAAGCCAUAAAUGAAGAAUACGAGUACAUACAGUAUAACAAACAGUUACGUCUUAUUCGUUCAGUCAAAGAUGACAUGUACCAAAUGCAAAGUAUUUUGAAUGCUCUUCUUUCUACAAAGCAAGCAUAUCAUUGGUUUGAAAACCAACAGGCAAAAGAACUUUUAGAAGAAUUUCCUCAUAUGAUUGCUUCCCUCGGAAAACCGAGGGAAGAGAUUCCGUACGAAAAUCGCAAGAAUUUGGCUCCUGGUUUGAAAGGUUAUUAUGUUCAUAGACUUUUAGUAAAUGCUGUAGCAAUGUGGGCUUCACCUCGUUAUGCUUGUUAUAUUUUCAUGAUGUUAGAUGAACUAUAUAAAGCAGAACGUGGAGAGAUGGAAAAGAAACUUCAAGCAAAAGAUGAAGUCAUUGAAUCCAAAGACAAAAGCAUACAGAAAAGAAUACCACGUUCAGUACCAAAAGGAAAGGAAAAAAGCUAUAAGUAUAUGAUUUACGCUGAAGAGUUGGAGAAAGAAGAAGAUAGAGAUAUGGUUAUGUUGCAUUUAGUGAGAAGAAACAACAAGAGCUUUUAUGACUUAGCUAAGAUAUAUAAAUCUGACAGAAACUG